AACGGGACUCUCAGCCAGUUGACAGCUAAUCUCACAGCUCACUUUGCGCCACGAAACUGGGAUUCAAUUUUGGCACGUAAACAUGACAUUUCGAAUGUUCGAUUACCAGUAUGCGGGGCCCUGCUAUUUCUACGAUUAAAUUCUACAGUUCUCGCCAAAACAUUUCUGAACGUGGUUUGCUGAAGGUCUAUGAAAACUAUAAUCCUUAUCAUUACACUAUCUGAACCUUUUGUUGCGCGCCUCGACGAAUCUUUGACGUCAAUUGUACAACGUCCAUUUUCUUACCUUCAUGCUGUAUUGCAUCCUAUGUUUCUGUAAAAGGUCUACGUGGAUAAUAAGUAGAUUAAUUCUCAUUGUUUUCUUUCACUUUUUUCAGUCCACAUUUCACUAAUUUUAAAUUAUUUCACUUAACAGCCAUUUUAAAUGUAUGUUUAGGGACACUAUCAUCAUAAACUUGGCACACUUGAUAUGGUUAAAGUUGAGAAACCUGGUUCGUAGGGACGCAUGCGCAACUGGGGGAACGAUGAAACGCACUCGAGCUUUGCUUGAAACAUUGUCAAAGACUGUUCUAAAUGUUACUCCUACCAACCUUGCUUGCAGUUAUGCGUUGGAUAUGCGAAGCAUUUAGGAUUGCUGAUCUGUUGCUGAUGCUGAACUCACGAAAACUUGUCCCAGCAUACUACAGCCUGCUCGAGUUGUGUGAAAUGGUGUGAAGUUUCACAACACGGUUUGAUUGUGAACAUCCUCCCGUGGGUAAUAAUGGUGCAGAUAUGGUUGAAAUCAGCCUUGCUUUAGUUUUGUAAUUUUUGAUGUAUUUUUAUUGGAAGGUCAUACAAUAACAUGUUUACAUGGUGUAUGGCUGAGGAAAAUUAAGGAGGUAACUUUUAUAUGUAACUGACAUCACUUCCUUCAUCUAUAUCUGUCGUAAUGUCAACGCCUACCGAAAUAAGGAACGAAAUUGACGAAGAACCUGAAGAAGGAGAAAUUCAAGAUGACGAAGGAUCUUUAGAAGACGUUAGUUCUGAUGAAGAAAUUGCUCCACUCGCUAAGCGUAGGGAACGUACAUGCACUUUAGUGACUGUGCGCGGACAAUUUGUGAAAACAGAAAAAAAACAGUUAAUUCGUUCGCCCAGGCGUGAAAUGAGGCUCUGCCCAGAAAGAUCGGACGUGAAUUUAAAGAAAUGUCAAAGUAGAGUAAAAUCUGGAUGUCGGACUGCUGGAGUUCCAGAUAGUUAUUAUGAAAGUGUGCUACGGCAUAAGUCUUUAAAAGAACAUUCUCAGAAGGGUAAAAUGCAUGAGAAGGAGAAUAAAGCCAAAGAAUCAAAGAAAAGUCGCAGACGAAGUAUUUCGUUUCAUGGUAGUGGAAGUGAUCUGAGAAAUACCUGCAUUGGUCCAGACCAUGCGGAAUCUUAUUUCUCAUCUACAUCAUCUAAAGUACCAUGGCAUAAAGGUGAUCUAAAAGAUAAGCAUAAGAAGAAAAAGAAAAGUAGCAAAAGUAACAAAGUAAGUAAUCCACUAGGGGAAGUUUCAGCCAGUCAGAGGAAGACUUCAAGAGAGUAUUGUAAUUUAAUGGACUGUGUUCAAACCACGGAGAAUGCAAAGGAGGAACUGAUACAGACUAUGCCUGAGAAAAAGCCUGAAGCUGAGGAAAUGCCUGAAUUGACUUCUCCUUCUUCACCAUCAUCUGAUAUUCAAAUAUUAGAAGUUCCUGUUAUAGUACCAGAAAUAAUUACAAUUUGUGAUAGUGAUGAUGAAGUGAUGAAGAGUGGGAAUGGAAAUUGCAAUGUCAAUCCAUCUUCUACCCAGGAGGAGGAUAAUAUAUGUAAUAUACAAUUGCCUCCAGAUCCAAGGCCAAGUCCAUCAAAAGAAAUUGUGGAAGAAAGCUGUGAAGACCCAGAUGAUAAUUUGAAACUUCUGCGUGAAGCUGCUUUGAACUCUAGCAAAUCUGAUCCAUGUGUUAGUGUGAUUCGUGAUGAUGAAGUAUUACAAUUACGCUUAGCAGCAUUAAGAUCUGCCAUUAUACGCAAGUGUGAAGAAAGAAAAAAGAAAGGGAUUACUUUGACUAAGACAAAUAGAAAUGUGGGUGACAAACAGGUGAUGUCAAUAAGUCCUUUAGGUUCACCAAACUGCAGUGAUGAAAUAGAUCGUGAUUUAAGUUCUCCCUUUGAAUUUAACAUGUUAAGUAAUCAUGAUAUGCCAGAACCUGCAAAUGAUAGUGAAGUAGAUAAAAUUACAACUAUUGAUAUGGAACUGGCAGAUAGUGAUGAAGAGAAAGAACAGGAGUGUACUGAAUCGGGAUAUCACAAUUGUGAAGUUUCAGAAGUCAAAUUAAACAACAAUAAUAGCACUUCUUUUGUGGCAGAUGGGAAACCACUUGAACCGCAUAGAGAUGAUGAAAGCAAUAUAAUUUAUUCUGUGGAGUCAGUGGCUUCAGUUGUGCCUCAAGACUGUCCCCCUGCAACUCACUUUACUACUGUCUGCACCACAGACUCUCCGACAGGCUAUAUAAUUGGUGAUCAGGAACUAGAACAAUCGCCUUUUGAAGUUGAAAUUCCUAGUAUCUCGGAACAACCUUUAGAUAGUGUGUCUAAACCUCAAUCGGAUAUUGGUGAAAGUGGAAAUAUUCUUGGACUUAAUAACGGAAAUCAAAGUCCCUCCUCAGACCAAAUACUUGAAGUUUCAAACUGUGAGCAUGUUCAUGAUAAAAUUCAUGAAACUGUUGCAGAGUGUUUGACAGAGGAAGUUAGUAGAAAGUCUUUCCAACCUUCAGAAAGUAGUGAAAUUGUGCCAUUAGUAAGUGUCGAUUCCAGAAAUAAUGAGGCUCUUGAUAUGAUUUCUAGCCGAAGUGAUUGCAGUUUUUUAUCUCCCGUAAGUAGGGAAUUGGAUUUAGAUUCAAUGAUAGUUCUGGAUGAAGUUGGUAAGAGUUCUGAUGAAGCAAGAUCAGAAAGUUCCAUAGAAGAUGUGUCUAGUUCUGGAAAAUUAACUAAUUCUCUUUAUGAUGAGAAAGAGAAUAUUUGUGGAAGUGUAAAUGUUGCAGAUCUGUUUGAAGAAAAUUCUGAUGUGAACAUCUGUAACUUGAGUAAUUCAAGAAGUUCUAGUGAGAAUGUUCCAAUUUAUUCUGACAAUUUUGAAACUACUCAGGAAAUGUUUGAAAAAGAUGUAAAUGUUCAUUUGUAUAGUGCAACUAGUUCAGAAUGUCCUGCCAAUGAGAUUUCUCAGAACAAUUCAAAAAAUUUUGAAAUAUGUGGAAGCACUCUCAGUACAUGUGGGGAGGUUUCUGAUUUUUCAUUGCAAAUUGCUAUAUCCAACUCUCAAGGCUCAAAUGAGUUACUGCCUCAAGCGAAUAUUAACAAAGAUUUUCAACUUGAGGAAUGUGCUAAAGGUUAUACCGAAAUAACAAGUGAAUUAUCAAAUUUAUCUUCUAACUUGUUGAAUGACCCAGAAACGAGAGAUAAGGAAGUCUGUUCUGAAUCAGUUGGUAUUACUGGUAAUACAGAUAACUCGCAAAAUUUCUCGAAAUUUUCUUCAGUAGAAGGUAAGGGAUUUCUAGACUUGCUGGAAGCAGAUUGCUGUAAAUCACUUCUGAAACCAGUAUUGUCUUCUGCAUCUGAAGGAAAAAGUGUUGAUUCAUCAAAUGAUAGAGAUCUUGUGCAUGAACCUGGUGAUCCUGUCAUUGACUCCUCUUCUAUGGACCAAUUACAGCAAACAGAUCAUAUGUUUCUAACAGAUACAUUAAAAAGCGGGGAAAAAAGUAAUAAUCAAGAAUCUAUUACUGAAGAUGAUGAAACUGUUUUAAGAGAUAGUUUGCUAGCUAUGUUGAAGAAAAGAACAAAGGAACAAAACAUUAAACAUCCGUCAGAAACUGAUGUUCCAAUUAAUAAUGAAAAUGGAAAUUCAUUUCCUGAGAAUAAUCAAACUGCAAAGAACAUCUUUCCUAUCCCACUGGAGAAAAAAUCAUGUAAUGAAAAGGAGGAAUCUAACGGUUUGAAUAAAAAUGAUAGUAAAAGUGAUGAUUCAGUACUGAAACAGGCAUCUGUCUCUUGCUCAUUAAAUGCUUCUCAGUCUUUGGUUAAAACAUUGCCAAAAAAACAUUUAUUUCCUUUACGGAAUCCUACAUCUCUUAAUAAGCGAGGAGCAAAGAGUAAUAAAAUCAGGCGCCGUGAAGCUAAAGUUCCUGGUCAACUAACCCCCUUAUUUAACGUCAACGUGCCUAAAUUAGUAAUUCACCUUGGAGAAGACUCUGACAGUAAUGAAGAUGAAAAUGAAUGUAUAGCUGUGCCAAGUAACUCAAAUGGAAGUGAUGCAUCUGAAGAGGCAAAAGAUAAAUCCUCUGGCUCUCAGAGCGUGCCCCCAGAUUUUGAAAAGAAAUUGGAUUUGUUGCUGAAACAAGCAAGAUUCCAGCAAGAAACAAGCACAAAAGAUGACCAGGAUAACGCCAGUGAAAACCCAAAUUCACCUGCUACUUCUAUGAAUAAAAUUAUUACUUUGUCGUCAACCAGUUCAAAUGCAGAUGCAGAGAAAACUAGUAAGAGCAUUAGUACUAAUGGUAGUUCCAAUACACAUUUAUUAACCAGUAGUAAGGUAUCUCCUUUAAUAGUUCAUGGAGUUAACAAUCAACGUGAUAAGAAUAUUAAUAUAAACACUGUAAGUAAGGAUAAAACAGUGCUAAGUGGUAAUAUUGUAAAUGUGACUAGGACAUCUGUGGGUAGAGCAGUUGAUGUCAACAAAAAAGAUAUUCAUGGUAGAAUAAAGUACACCUCUGCUGUUGCCAACUCAAGUUCAUCUGUUUCUUCAGUUGUGCCAAACUGCAAAGAGAAUCAUCAGAAGGACAUAGGAUUAUUGCCAUCUUCUAAGCAGAAGGAGUAUAUCAGAUUGAAGAGGCAGUUAGCACAGCUUGCUCGCAGGGAACAAGAAGUCAAAGCAAAAGAAAAUGUUAAAGUAACGAAUGCUAUUAGAUUACCUGUCAGUAAAGAUGGAACAGAGGAAAAUAAAAUAUUUACAAAUCAAGAUGUUAGAAACACUAUAAUAAAAAAUACUGCAGGAAUUGGUUCAGAAAGAUCACCGUUUACUCGAAAAUUUGUGAGAAGGGGACAAGGUGGGACCAUUAUAACAAGGACUGACUUUGGAAAAUCUAGGAGAAUAGUUAGAUCUAUUACCACGACUUAUGGUUCUCAUACUCUUUCCCGAAACAGACUGACUGUGACCACACCUAACAGAGUAGGAAUUUCUUCUGUAGAUGGGUCCUCUAUAGUUAGACGAGUGUUGUGUGUACCACAGAAGAGAAUUGUCAGUACGUUGACUAAUAUGAAGAAGGUGCCUCCUGGAUUUCAGAACGUGGCUCCUAGAGUUUCUGCUAGUGACACUCGGAGUGAUUUAGCAAAUAUAGUUCGGAAGUCAUCUGAGGAGCAUGUUAAUGCAACAGAUGGAUCAUUGUUACAAGUAGGUAUUGUGAGGACCAUUAAUAACAAGCAAGAGAAACAAAGUAGUGAAAGCAGUGUUCAAGGUAGCAGUAAAGUUAUGAGGAAGUACAAUGUAAAGUCAGCUUUAAAAAGGAAGGGAAGCACUUCAGACAUUAAUGGAGUAUUACGAAAAAAACCUGCAAGUGAACAUCCAUCGUCAAGAGAAGAAAAUGAAAGUGAAUCAUCAUUAGAAAAUACACAUUUAAAAGACAACAGUAUGAGUGAAAGUAAUGAGUGUACUAGAAGACUCAGUGGUAUUGUGCAAAUUGGGGAAAAUACUCCUUUGUCAAAAAGGAAGCGUUGUAAUUCUGAACUAAGUGAUGUGCCUGUGCAAAGGAUACCUAUAGACCAGGAAUCUACUGAACAGCAUGCAAUUUCUAGUGUGCAGUGCAAUUGUCAGGAUUCAACAAAAACAGUUCUUCCAGAACGGACCCUUGCAGAUGGCUUGUGGGAUUCAGAGAGCAAAUUAAUAUCCAAGAGGUAUCAAGUAUUAGAGGAUAUUGCAUCUGUCCAGAUGAAUUUACAUGAGAUUGAAAAAGUUACUGAACUGAGGCAACAAAUAGUUAGAGAUAUUAAGAGAUUGCAAAAUGAGAUGAAUUUUGCAAAAACCCAGCUAUGUAAGAAAGAAGAACUGUUGAAAGUUUUGUAUUCAGAAGUUGAAAUUGCAAAACGAGACAUUAUGAGGAGACAGUCAGAAACAUUGUUGUUGUCUGUGGAAUGUGAGGAAAUGGGAGGGAAAGUUCAUGGUGAAACUGUCCUUAAAGAAAGUAAUACAGUACAAGAGACAACAAAUGAAAUUCCAGAGGCAGAAGAAAUGCCAAACAUAAAUAUUGAAGAUUCAAACAGGCAAAAUUCGGGGUCAUAUUUAUCUCCACUGGAUGCAAUGAGAACUACAACUGAGCCAAAUAAUGACAACCAGGCUGUUUUAUGCCCAUAUCAUAUAAUGGGGUCUUGCAAGGACAAGGAAUGCUCGUACCUGCAUUGACUAAGAAGAAAGAAAUAUAUAAAAUGUGUAACUGACUGUUAAUUAGUCUGCAUCCACUGCCAUUGACUUUCUUUUUUCAUUUUGAUUUGUGAUAUGCAGAGUGAUUUCUCUUCUAGGAAAUUUCAGACUUGUCAGUAGCAUUACUCUUUGUGUCAAUGGACGAAACAUGUGUAAUUUAAUCACAGUAUUUUUUUCUCUGAAAGAAAUCCACAUUGAAUUCAAAGAACAUUUUGUGUUCAGAGAAAUAAGUUUAUCUUGUGAGUAAGUGUACUAAGAAUGACUCUUGUAACAAUAAGACUAAGUGACAAAGACUAGAUAAUUAUUAUAAACAUACUACAAACUUGUUAAAGUGUCAGAAAUUUUGUACAUUAACAUACUAAGUAAUGAGUUCCUCUGCAGGUCAAGAUAAAUUGCAAAAGAAUUAGUUAGUGUGCCAGGAAUUCGAGAUUUUGUAUCCUAAUGAGAUGAUCACCAUGCAAAUAAUUUUUCUAUUAACAGAAGACUGAUGCAUCUGGUGAGGUAAUCACUCUGAAUUUUCCAUUUUACUUCAUUUAUCUUGUGUGCAAGAAAACUGUAUUAAUUUUUUUCUGUUUUGUGAAAAAUUUAAAUAUGUAAUUUAGACAGGUUUGUAUGUCUAAAUUUGCUUUCUGCAUAUUGUCAUUAGAACUUAAAAAUGAUCAUAAAUUUAGUUACCAUAUUUGACUGAUAUUUGUUGUUCCUGUCAGCUCACAUUAUUUUCAAAAAAAAAAAUGUAUUUAUUAUUUUGAGUUUUUUAUUUUCUUAAUAUUCAAUACACCAAUGUACCUGAAUUAAUUCUUCUUAGGAAUAACUGUAUUGGGGAACAAAUAUUUGUAAAAAAAAAAUGAAUUUGCUUAAUUUUUAAGUAUUAAUGAUUUGUUUUAAGGAUUUGUUUUCAUCAAUAUGAUUUUUUCAUAUUGAUACAUCAAUAAAUGUAUCAAUAGUGGCUUCUUAGAAAUGUAUGCCACAUUCAUACACAUGUCUUACAGCUAAAUAGACACAAUACAAAAUCUAAAUUGUGUGCUUAUUUUGCAGCAACUAGGACAAAGAAUAGGAGAACACCUAUGGGCAAGUUUCCAAAUAGCAUGUAUUUGAUUGGGUCUGCAGCUGAUGUAAACAAAAUGGUUACUUAGGAUGGCAUGUCUUUUGCCUUUCCAGAUCAUUAUAAAAACUGUGAAUAUUUCAUUUGUUCAUACAAUUUUAGGGUCCUCGAUUUGUUUUACCUUUUGUUUCAAAUUUAUCGUUGUUGAUAAUAUCAUCAUUGUUUUAAGUGAUUUCACUUCAGUUCUUCAGCUUAUUGCUUUCAUGUAAUCUUAAUUUUAAACUUCUGACAAUUAGAAAGGCAAUUUCAGUUUGCUGAUGGGUGGUAUUGGUUUCUGUUUUAGUGCGUGAAGUAUUUUGACCUUUACAUUUCAUGAAAAUUUAUGAUAGAUCAUGUGGUUUUAUGCCUCUUGUGACGGGACAUACAAUGGGAAUUUCCAGUGGCUGGAAUUUAAACUGCAACUGCUCAGUUGUGAUUUUGUGACCAUCUUGAACUCCAUCCCUUGGGGAAGAUAUCGAAGUGGAGUUUAACCCGUCAGUGCAGAGCCUAGGUUGGGGAUGGUAGCAUUCCAACACGAGUGUAGUGAAAGGGACUGUGUGUGUGAGCAUGGUAGCAGGUAGCCAGCAUAGUACACUGCUCUGGCAACCUCCUUUCUCGCACUGCAUCUUGCUGUUCAGAGGAAAAUCUCUGACAUCUAGGUAUGGCUCCCUUGUGAAUAGAGGUGGAAUGAAAAUGUCAUCUGAAGAUGGCAUUCCGCGUUGAAGGGUUAAUCAAAAAGAAAUUUUACAUUUUGAAGAAUGAUAUUAGUGAAAAUUAAAUCAGUCUUGUCAUUCUAAAAUCUCAGAUUUUCCAUUAUUAUCGCUGGAAAGCACGCACAUUUUUUAACCUUUCUACAUUCAAUUCGUGUUGUAGUGCAGAUAAUACAAAGCAGUGGAUAUCAAUAUAAACUUAGAAAUGAACUGGAAUUUGUAAAAUUACUUACAUAAGUCUUUUCUUCAUAUACUUUCUUCACAAAAUUGGCAACAUAUGGCAUGGAAUGUUUGUCCACAGUUAUAUUGUAUUUUUAAAUUUAGAGUUCAAUGAUUAGUCAGUAGAAUUUAUUCUUUGGUGUGUGAUAAUGCAUGGACUUUGACAUUCUUUUUUUGUAAAGAUUAUGAGACUUUCAUUUUAAAAGAUAAGAUAAAUUUAAAUCUCCUUCUGUGAACCAAUAUAAUUUUUUAAAUUCUACAUUCCUCUGGGUUUUAUUUUGAAAUGAGUAUCUUCUAAUGUCUUGACCUUUCUCCAUUUGAUAGAGCAUAAAAAAAUAUUGAUACAGCAUAAAAAUCGGAGUAGCCUAUUGAAUUUUAACAUACAUUUUUAAUUUAUUUUUUAAUUAUAAAUAAUCAAAUAUUGAAACUAAUGUGAAAGUAUGUAUGGAAAUAUUUUGGUGUUUCAGAGUAGGUGGUGAUAACCUCCAUCAAGUACCAGUUAAAUUUUGUUCUAAUGGGAGCUAAAAACAAGGUGCCUGAAGUUGAGACUGCUCCAGUGGACAUUUAUGUUACAACUGCUGAACUCCAGAAGGAUAUACACCGGAAUUAAUCAUUGAUAGUGUGUGGAGCCAAAUUACAUUGGCACAGUGACAAACAAGAUAUCUGAGAGUACCUAUUUUUAAAAGUACAAUGUUUAUCAUUGAAGUGUUCAGUUUUCUUCUAAGGAGCCCACCUGAAAUAAGUUUUGUUCAUGAUGUGUGACAGUUUAAUGAAAGUCUUUAUGACUUGUGAAGAGAUGGCUAAAGGGAACACUUGUGAUGGAACAUUGAUUACCAUGAAUCAUCUGUCAAUUUUUAGAAGAGGAACGUACACAGACGUGAGUUGGUGCUGAGGAUUAUUUGUAUAUAAAAUAUAGGUCUGAAUUUAUUUAUUUGUUUAAUGUGUAACAUGUAUUUAGUUAAUAUGUAUUUUUCAAUAAAAUGGAAAAAAUAUA